CUCCCACUGCAGUAUAUUCUCCGCACCGUGUCCUCCCCUCUAUAAAGUGUCGGCAUUAAUACGUCGUAUAAACUGCGGUUCAGAGGUUGUGAGAAGUUCUGUAUUUUAACAUAUUGUCAUGCCAAUUCGCGCUACAUAUUCAACUUACAGUUUACAGUUGGUUUCGACCUCUCAUAGUUAAAGCUAGGUUAACACCGGAAUUGAAGCGUGAACGGAUCUAAUUGGAGCUCGAUUCGAACUAAAAAGAUAAAUAAAACAUUGAAUACACUGCAUUAAGAUGUUAAAGUAUGUUUUAACAUCAAGUGUAGAUCAUUCGUAACUAUUCAUAUCAGUAUCCAGCCCAACGGUACUUGAAAACGUAUGUGAUUAAAAACCUAACAAAUGGCAACAGUUAAAGCUAAACACACUCUACAUAGUGGGAUAUUUCACCCAUUAUUGCGACAAUGGCAAUCACAGAACGUCGAAAUUACAGCGAAGAAUCUGAUGUAUCCGAUUUUUAUAUUGGAUGAACCCAAUGCUAAGGAGCUGAUUCCAAGUAUGCCUGGAGUAUAUCGGUAUGGAAUUAAUGUUUUAAAAGAAAUAUUAGAGCCGUUGAUAGCAAAGGGGUUGCAAUCGGUUCUGUUGUUCGGUGUUCCAAGUCACUUGAUCAAGGACAAAACUGGUUCCAAUGCAGAUAGUAGUGAAAAUCCAGUUAUACAAGCAAUACCAGUACUUCGAAAGUGGUUUCCUAACUUGUUAAUCACUUGUGAUGUUUGCCUAUGUGCUUAUACUGAACACGGGCAUUGUGGAAUACUACACUCUGACGGUCGCAUCAACAACGAAGCUUCCAUCCAACGUAUUAGCAAGAUUGCUGUCAAAUAUGGUCAGGCUGGAGCACAUGUCGUGGCACCUUCGGACAUGAUGGAUGGUCGGAUUGGAGCAAUAAAGAAAGCUUUAGCCGCUGCUGAUUUACCAAAUAAAGUUACAGUUUUAUCCUACGCCGUCAAAUUUGCAUCAGGUUUUUACGGGCCCUUCAGAGAUGCCUCAAAGUCUGCUCCGCAAUUUGGGGACAGAAAAUGCUACCAGCUACCGCCAGGUAGUAAUGGGCUUGCAGCAAGAGCAGCUGCUAGAGAUGUAGCAGAAGGCGCUGAUAUGCUCAUGGUGAAGCCAGGUUUAGCUUAUUUGGAUGUAGUUCGGAAAAUUAAAGAUGCGCAUCCCGAGUACCCACUUUUUGUUUACCAAGUGUCUGGUGAAUAUGCAAUGCUUUACCAUGGAGCUCAGAGUGGAGCACUUGAUUUGGAAAGUGUACUGUAUGAAGUAUUGACAGCGAUGCGAAGAGCCGGUGCUGAUUGUAUUAUCACUUACUUUGUGCCACUGAUUUUGGAUAUGUUAAAACCAAAAAGCAAAUAUUAGUUCUUGUUAGUGAAAUUCUGUUUAUUCAUACGAUGUGGCAGUAAUUUUGUUAGGAUUGAAUAAAUACCAAAAUACGAACUGUUAAUUUUUAUCAACAGUUGGUGAGUUUGAAUGCAAGAAGCAUUUGAAUUCGAUUCUGUACCAGCUGUAGCAAGGUUGCGUUUCUAAGCUGAUAGUAUUGACUGAGAAUUGCAUAAUACAGCCAGACAUGCAUUAGGAAUGACCAAAAAUAA